CUGUCCUCCAGAUGGCUGGGCGACUGAGUCCCAAGGCCUGAGGCUUGAUGGGCGCCCCGCCCCCGCCUGGUUCUGUGGUUGCUUUCUAGUCUCCAUAAAGCACUGACCAUGCCCCUUCUCUGUGCCUAUCUGGGUCUAUGUCCCUGGAUCUUUCUGCUCCACCAUCUCUCUUUCCCUACUUUCUGGGUCUUGGUGUCGGAUGUAACCUCUGCUUUUACAGCAGCUGCUGCUCUCUUCCUAGCACCUGUUCUUUCUUAAUGGGUCUGGAGAGUCUCUUCUUGGCAAUUAACCAGACUUGGUAUUCUCUAAAAUCAGUGAUUCUAACACAGCGUUGGCCCAAAUGGCCUCAAGCACCAUCCUUUGGUGGUCAGGUGACUAGCCGAAGGCAGGUUCCUCCGAAAGCUCAGGAAGAACAGCUUACCUGAUCCCAGGCGUGGGGCCAGGCCCGGACCCUCUCCCUCAGACCCAGGAAUUCAGGUCCAGGCUCCUCCCCUAUUCUCGCAGCACCACAUGUAGCUGCUGUCUCUGCAGGCCCAGAUGGGGGAUCCCCGGACUGGGGCCCCCCUAGAUGAUGGCGGGGGCUGGACUGGCAGUGAGGAAGGCAGCGAGGAGGGCACCGGAGGCAGUGAGGGUGUCGGCGGUGAUGGAGGCCCUGACGCGGAGGGUGUGUGGAGCCCCGACAUUGAGCAGAGCUUCCAGGAGGCCCUGGCCAUCUACCCUCCCUGCGGCCGGCGCAAGAUCAUCCUGUCAGAUGAGGGCAAGAUGUACGGCCGGAAUGAACUCAUUGCCCGGUACAUCAAGCUGAGGACAGGGAAGACAAGAACUCGCAAGCAGGUCUCCAGUCACAUCCAGGUGUUGGCUCGAAGGAAAUCGAGGGAAAUUCAGUCCAAGCUGAAGGACCAGGUCUCCAAGGACAAGGCCUUCCAGACGAUGGCUACCAUGUCUUCCGCACAGCUCAUCUCUGCACCUUCCUUGCAGGCCAAGCUGGGUCCUUCUGGCCCUCAGGCCACCGAGCUUUUCCAGUUCUGGUCAGGGAGUUCUGGGCCGCCAUGGAAUGUUCCAGACGUGAAGCCAUUCUCACAGACACCGUUCUCCGUGUCACUGAGUCCCCCAUCCACUGACUUACCAGGGUACGAGCCGCCCCCAGCCCUCUCACCUGCUCCAUCUCCCCCAGCCUGGCAGGCUCGGGCCCUGGGCACUGCGCGCCUGCAGCUGGUAGAGUUCUCGGCGUUUGUGGAACCGCCGGAUGCAGUUGACUCGUUCCAGAGGCACUUGUUUGUCCACAUCAGUCAGCAGUGUCCCAGUCCUGGAGCACCACCCUUGGAGAGCGUGGACGUGCGGCAGAUCUAUGACAAAUUCCCUGAGAAGAAGGGCGGCCUCCGGGAGCUGUAUGACCGAGGGCCACCCCAUGCCUUCUUCCUGGUCAAGUUCUGGACCGAGCGGGCGCAGCUGGAGGACGGACGUUUCGUGUACCGCCUGCUGCGCUCCCCCAUGUGUGAGUACUUGGUUAACUUCCUGCACAAGCUGCGGCAGCUGCCCGAGCGCUACAUGAUGAACAGCGUCCUGGAGAACUUCACCAUCCUCCAGGUGGUGACGAACAGGGACACUCAGGAACUGCUGCUGUGCACGGCCUACGUCUUUGAGGUCUCCACCAGUGAGCGUGGCACUCAGCACCACAUCUACCGCCUGGUCAGGGACUGACCGAGCCCCAUUGCUGGUUUUUGUUUUUUUGUUUUUUUUCCACAACACCCCCUUCCCAGGAAGGACCCUUUGGCUCUUCCUGUAACCCUCAUUUGGAGUGGGGCCCAUGAUUUAAAAAAAAAAAAAAAAAAAGCCUGAUCUCAGAAGCAUGAGCAAUGGGGGCCGGCUCCUGCUAGAGGGGAGCCGAAAACUUGGUUAUUGAGCUGAGUUUGAGGUUAGAGCCCCAAUACAAGGACCUCACAGGGAGCAAUUGACAGGACACAUCACUCCUGAGCAUCAGGGACUGGGGACAGGAGUGCACACUCACAGGUACAGCCUGGCCUCUCACUUCUGCGAGGGCCCCUCACUCUUCUGGAAAUGGGGCCCAGGCUAUGUUGGGGGUGUCACUCAUUGCCUUGUACACUCUGUUUUCCAGUUGUUCCUCCAUGCCUGCCUCCCCCACACCCUUUCUCUGUGAUCUGUGAUGUCACAAAUUGAAGAUAAUGGUUUCCCAGCUGGAGCUAGAGUGAAGUGGGACCUGAAAUUUUUUUUAAUAUAAGGAGAUAUUUAUACACAGUGUUAGGGAUGUAAUCGUGUCUUAGCUGGGCAAGCGGUGGGGUGGGCCUUCUUAAUCUCGUCCCCCUUUUCAAGUGAGCCACGGACCACCCUGCCACCUCCCUUUCCCCGAGAGUGAUGGUUUAUGUUUGAAGGAGAAUAAAGCUAUUUUUACCAAGA